AUGCCUCCCAAAAGGCCUCCUCCUCCUCAGGAGCAAUUCGCAGCUCGAAAAUCCAAAGCAAACACAGUAGUUACCCAGGAAUUAUCAUCCUUGGGAAGAAAGAAAGAUGCCCAAAUGCAGGAUGCUGUGGAUAAAUUUGCCGAUGAAUUGAGCAGAUCAUCGGAUGACGAGGACAAUAUUAGUGAAGCUGGCGAUGAGCAUUUCAUUAAUGGUACUUCAAUUGAACUUAGUGAAGUUGAGAAGGAAUUGAUCAGAGAAGAAUUAAAAAAGACUGAAGAAGAAAUUAAUACAUUACGUCAAGUGCUGGUUGCACGUCAAAAGCACGCGAGUGAUUUGAAACGAAAAUUGGGCAUUUCACCCCUCACUGAAUUUACUGCUGAUAUCAAUCAUUCAUUGCAGCAUGUCAGAGAAUCGCAAGCGUACCAAAAGACAUCGGAAGUGGUCUCAGGUACGGCGGAUACUGUGAAGAACAAAUGGAACGAUGUGCGUAACUCUUCACUGUUCAAAUCAUUCGAAUCUAAAAUAGGAACAGCGUACACUAAUGCAAAAAUGGCGGCAUCCACAAGCAUCGACCAAAUUUCGGGCAUGGCUAAAUCAUCGUCGGGUGCAACCGGUCAAACGGAUCCUACAUCACCAUCCAAUGAAAAAGUACAACUGUAA